AUGGGACUGAGGAAAAUCACCCGUGGUGGGGGUUCAGCUAUAGCCCGUAUUGUUGGCAACACCACCAAAAAUUUCCCAAAUGACUUCGAUCCAACCGUUCGUAUGUGGGUUUUUGACGAGAUUGUGGGAGGUGAGAAGCUGUCGGACAUCAUCAAUACUCGUCACGAAAACGUGAAAUACUUGCCAGGAAAAAGCAUUCCAGACAAUGUGGUUGCUGUACCCGAUCUAAUUGAGUCUUGUGAAGAUUCGAACAUCUUGGUCUUCGUUGUUCCUCACCAGUUUGUCAGAAAAAUCUGCCAUCAGCUUGAAGGGAAACUUGGCUCGGAUGUGCAGGCUAUCUCCUUGAUAAAGGGUUUGGCAGCACCAUACGCUGAGAAACUUGGUGGCGUGAAGUUGAUUUCAGACGAAAUCAAAGAGAUCUUGAAUAUUGAAGUCAGUGUUUUGAUGGGAGCAAAUUUGGCUCAUGAAGUUGCUAACGAUAGUUUUUGUGAGGCGACUAUCGGCUGCAAGAAGAAGGCACAGUAUGGACCUCUCCUCAAAAAACUCUUCAACAGUGACAAUUUUCGUAUCAAUGUUGUCGAGGACGCUCAUACAGUGGAGCUUUGCGGUGCGCUGAAGAACGUGGUUGCCUGCGCGGCAGGCUUCACCGAUGGUCUUGGUUACGGAGACAACACGAAAGCAGCCGUCAUCCGGCUAGGACUUUUAGAAAUUACCAAGUUUGUUGAAUACUACUAUCCUGGCUCAAAUCUUUCAACGUUCUUCGAAUCAUGUGGCAUUGCUGAUCUGAUCACUACAUGCUAUGGAGGCCGUAACCGGAAGGUCUGCGAAGCAUAUGCAAAGACGGGAAAAUCGCUCGCUGAGCUAGAAAAAGAACUGCUACAUGGACAAAGUGCUCAAGGUCCAUUAACUGCUGACGAGGUGUACUUUAUGACGCAAAGGAGUGGAGUAUCGGAUAUGUUCCCACUCUUCACUGCUGUGCACAGGAUAUGCCGAGGGGAAAUGAAGCCUUCUGAUAUGAUCUCUUGUCUACGGUCCCAUCCAGAACAAGUGUAA